UCGUGCGUCCCAUGCACGGGGACACCAAUGUGUGACAGUGGCGGAUGGCCUUGGCCACGCGGGACGCAGCCGCUGCGCUUCGCCUUCGCGGGACAGGUUCCACACGCGCCCUUUUUUAGACUAGACUAGCCUCUCGUCUUUUUUUACUCUCUCUCUCUCUCUCUCUCUCUCUCUGUAAUUCUCUCUCUGUGUCUCUCUCCCUCCCCCUCCUCUCCCACUAAUCUCACCUACUCCUCGUUUGGUCGCCUCGAGCCCACCCGUGGGAGUUUAAAGAAAGAAGAAGAAGGAAAGAAGUGAGAGAAGAAGCGCGCUGCCGGGAGGGAGACGUGUUUCAGAGGAGAGCGAUACUGUUUUUCUUCUGAUCUCUGGUCGAUGGAUUUAUCACUGACAAUACAACAAUAUUUUAGCUAGAAAAUCGAGUGAAGCAUGGGUGACUGGAGCUUUCUAGGGCGGCUGCUGGAGAAUGCUCAAGAACACUCCACUGUGAUUGGAAAGGUUUGGCUGACCGUCCUCUUCAUCUUCCGCAUCUUGGUGCUGGGCGCAGCAGCUGAGGAGGUCUGGGGUGACGAGCAGUCUGACUUUACUUGUAACACGCAGCAGCCCGGUUGCGAGAACGUCUGCUACGACGAGGCCUUUCCCAUCUCCCACAUCCGCUUCUGGGUGCUGCAGAUCAUCUUUGUCUCCACGCCCACCCUCAUCUACCUGGGCCAUGUGCUGCACAUUAUCCGCAUGGAGGAGAAGAGGAGGGAAAGGGAGGAGGAGCUCAGAAAGGCCGGACGGCACCAGGAGGACCAUGACCCUCUCUAUCACAACGGAGUCGGCGAUGGAGGAGGAGGAGGUGGUGGGAAGAAGGAGAAGCCGCCAAUUCGUGAUGAGCACGGGAAGAUCCGUAUCCGAGGGGCGUUAUUGAGGACCUACAUCUUCAACAUCAUCUUUAAGACUCUGUUUGAGGUGGGCUUCAUCCUGGGACAGUACUUCCUCUAUGGCUUCCACCUGAGGCCGCUCUAUAAAUGUGGCCGCUGGCCCUGCCCCAAUACUGUGGACUGCUUCAUCUCCAGGCCCACUGAAAAGACAAUCUUCAUCAUCUUCAUGCUGGUGGUUGCCUGUGUCUCUCUGGUCCUCAACCUGCUGGAGAUCUACCACCUGGGCUGGAAGAAAGUCAAGCAGGGGGUCACCAAUGAGUUUGUACCCGACAGUGAGUCGCUGCAGCUGGGCGCAGAUGAGCCCGGAGACGCAGAGACGAUUCCCGAGCAGACCUCUCCGUCAGUGUUCAACUGUUUGCCAGUGUAUGCCAGCGUGAAAGUGGUGGGGGUUGGAGCAGCAGCAGGAGGAGUCUACACUCCAACUGAGGCCUCCCCUGCAGUGAUCUCUUUAAACCCUAACACCGCCUCUGUGCCCGUCAGACUCAAGAUGGACGGCACAGCGUUGCAACCAGAUGACUUCCUGUUGGAGGCCCUGCCCCCUUCUUUUUAUGGCAGCGGUGAGAAAGUGAGUGUCGGGAGCCACGGGCAGCUGACGGCAAUGGAGCAAAACUGGAGCAACAUGGCGCUGGAGCUCCACAAUCUGGAUGGGAGAAACUCCUCCUCCUCCUACCCUCCUCCUCUUCCCUCUCCUCCCCCCUCCACCUCCUCCUCUCCUCAGGAGGAGAAAACCCCACCACUCCCACAAGGGGAGCAACACUCCACGUUUCCUACACUUCCUCGGCAUACCCCUCUUUACCCCCGCACACCGGAGGAGGCGGCGGUGGAUGAGGAAAACACUGUCGCCACAGCACCUUGUAUGGUCCCACAUGACGACUUCACCGUGGUUACCAGGGCAGAGAUGCAUCAGCCUCCUGCUGCUGCGGCGACAGACAUCCGGAAGCCAAAUCGGGCCAGCAAGAGCAGCGGCGUCCGAGCUCGCCCUGAUGACCUGGCAGUGUAGCUAAAACACACACACUCACACAUUUACACAACCAUGCAUACAUGCUGUGUACCUGCUGUGUCACAUAGAAAACCAACAUAAGCAUUUUUUUCACAUAUGCACAACAGCAUAAAACCACACACAAGCAUGCCCACCAGCAAAAGACAUGCCUGCAAGGAAGACAUGCAAAACACAUUACCACAUACAUUCAGCUGGAGCUGGCUGCUUAUUUUAAUCUCAGAAUUAUGAACCAGAAGUAGGGAUAGAAAGUUUGGCCAGAUUACACUGAUGGCAUCAUGCUGAUGCCCUGUCUAAAUAUUAGUAACACAUCAACUGUAAGAUAACAGCUCAUACAGGCUUUGCAGAAAUCUCCUAGUAAUGAAGUGGAUGAUAUUUGAUUUCACACUGAGGGGCCUCUAUGAUAUAAUAAUAAUAAUAAUAAUAAUAAUAAUAAUAAUAAUAAUAAUAAUAAUAAUAUAGCCAUAUUUCUGAGCUUUGGAGUGAGUCAGGCUAGCUGUCUCCCCCUGCCUCUUGUCUUUAUGCUAAGCUAAGCUAAUCGACUUGUGGCUCUAGCUCCAUGUUUUAUGCACAGGCCAACAUGGCUGCCACUUACAGUUCUGGCCACACUCUCAUUUUUUUUUGGAGAGGUUGGACAGUGGAGGUAUAUAGGCCCAUGAAAUGGGAUUACAAACAUACACACUUGUACACACAUACUUAGACACACACACACACACACACCUACAGUAUAUAUAUAUAUAUAUAUAUAUAUAUAUAUAUAUAUAUAUAUAUUUAAUUAUAUAUAUAUAUAUAUAAAUAACCAGCACAGACACAAAUAAGGAAAGGUUAUAGUGAUAUAGUGAUGAUGAUGAUGAUGAUG